ACCCCCAGCCCUGAAAUCUGAAACUGCAGAAGUUGCGUUGGCUCACCGAGCAGUCAUUUCACUGUUAGUUCACUUUUUCCAGACUGGUUUCACUCGUCCUCCCAUCAGACUCCAGCUGAGACGCUUCUUCAGGACAACUGAAUAUUUUUCAUCCAGACGGUCAGAGGAGUCUCUGGGGAUUCUGGGAAUACCUUCAGAACAGUGAUCCUGUGGGGAAACCAUGCUCCCGCUGGGCCUUCGUCAGAUCGGUGCAGGUGUGGUGUUUUGCCUCAGCGGUGGUUUGGCCACACCUGUACCGUUAUACAGUUCUCUGGAGGGAAGUACAGAUGAGGAAGACCUUAGUAACUUUGCUUCCUCCCUGCCCACCAGCGUCCUUUUCUACGAACCCCAAACCACACCUGCUGGCCCCACCCAUGUGGAAACUGACUUCCUGAGUCAGGUUGUGAGCUUCCUUGAGGAGAACAUGCUCCUCAUCCUCGUCACAACUUCCUUCAUCCUCCUCGUCUUCCUUAUCAUCUGUGGGGCAAUAUUCAUGAGCCGCAGGCGAAAGGUCAACGCCUACUACCCUUCCUCCUUCCCCUCCAAAAUGUACGUCGACCAGAGGGACAAAACCGGAGGUGCAAAACCCUUUAAUGAUGUUCCAGAGAAACCAGCUCCUGAGCAGGAGAGUGAGCCUGUGGACUCUCACAGGCAGCUCCAGGCCGACAUCAUGAGGGCCGCCAAGAGGCUACGGACGCCAAAUAAAUCUGUAGAUGCUGCAGAAGGAAGUGGCAGCAGUCAGAAAGCAGCAGACCACAGUCCUGGAGACAGCUCUAAGACAUGUGGCAGCGUCCUGGAUCAGCAGUUGCCAAGUUUCCCUGAGGAAAAGGAGCCAUGCGAGCUCCCCAACAUUGAAGAGGCAGCAGCAGCAGGAGGCAGCACUGAGCUGAGCAGUCCUCCAGAGCAGCAACAUCCAGAGGGAGUUGAUCCAGAGCAGCCCCACGCAGAGGGAGAUGAUCCAGAGCAGCCUCAUCCACAAGAUGAUCAAGAGCAGCCCCAUCAAGAGGGAGAUGAUCCAGAGCAGCCUCAUCCACAAGAUGAUCAAGAGCAGCCCCAUCAAGAGGGAGAUGAUCCAGAGCAGCCUCAUCCACAUGAAGACGAUCCAGAGCAGCCACAUCCAGAGGGAGAUGAUUCACGGGAGCCUUCGAUUGGCAGGAGUCUGCGGCCCUCCUCUCUGCAUAUUCACAAUGACUCUGCAACACUUCAGCUGAUCGCAGGAGAGAAAACAGCCUUCUGACUCCUCUGAACACUGUGACCUGACUCUAUUCUCUAAUCGAAUCCACUUUGAAUCCACCCGUGGCAAUUUGUCUGUCAUUCAAUAUUUUCUUUUUGUCUAGUGAGGGAAAGAUGACAUGCAGCAGAGCUCGCCAAUGACUUGUUUUAUCAUUAUGGUAUUUUAAAACAUGUUUUUAAAGGCCCAGUGUGUUAGAUUUAGGUGAAAGGGAACUGAUGUUUUCACU